CACCAAAACCAUUCGGAUAAGAAACAAAGAGAGAGCCUUCUUUACAUUACACACACUGGUACAACAAUGGCCACCACUCUCCGUCUCAGCGAACCAGUCAUCUUGGUCAAACCUUCUUUGACUUCUCUCUUCCUUCCUCGCUCUAUCCCUACAACUCCACCCCUACCACCACAUUUCCACCCACGAGCUUCUUCUCUUCAAAAAACAACUUACACUUCAUCGCUCAAUCGCAGACACUUAAUUUCUCAAACAGCCUCAUUAUCGCUGUCUCUCUCUAUUGCUACUACACUAUACCAGCAACCCGCAAAGUCUGAAGAAACGCUCUCCGCGUGGGAGCGCGUCUACCUUCCUAUUAAUCCUGGUGUUGUUCUUCUUGACAUCGCUUUUGUGCCUGAUGACACGAACCACGGCUUUCUCUUGGGAACCAGGCAGACACUUUUGGAGACCAAAGAUGGUGGAAAAACGUGGUUUCCGCGGUCGAUACCGUCCGCCGAAGAGGAAGAUUUUAAUUAUAGAUUUAAUUCGAUUAGCUUUUUGGGGAAGGAAGGUUGGAUUGUUGGGAAACCUGCAAUUUUGUUGUACACUUCCGAUGCUGGAGAAAGCUGGGAAAGAAUUCCAUUAAGUUCUCAACUUCCUGGAGACAUUGUGUAUAUAAAGGCCACUGGUGACAAGAGUGCAGAGAUGGUGACAGACCAAGGUGCAAUAUAUGUUACAUCGAAUAGGGGCUAUAACUGGAGAGCUGCAGUACAAGAGACUGUUUCUGCAACUCUUAACAGAACAGUUUCUAGUGGAAUUAGUGGUGCAAGCUACUAUACCGGAACUUUUAAUACUGUCAAUCGCUCUCCAGAUGGAAACUACGUUGCUGUCUCAAGCCGUGGUAACUUCUAUCUAACUUGGGAGCCUGGGCAGCCAUAUUGGCAGCCACAUAACAGAUCAAUUGCAAGAAGAAUACAGAACAUGGGAUGGAGAGCAGAUGGUGGUCUUUGGCUUCUUGUUCGGGGAGGGGGGCUUUUUCUCAGCAAAGGCACUGGGAUAACAGAGGAGUUUGAAGAAGUUCCAGUUCAAAGUCGUGGUUUUGGCAUUCUUGAUGUUGGGUACCGCUCAAAGGAUGAGGCUUGGGCGGCAGGUGGAAGUGGGGUUCUCUUGAAAACAACAAAUGGUGGCAAGACAUGGAUUCGUGAUAAGGCAGCUGACAACAUUGCUGCAAAUCUUUACUCAGUGAAGUUCAUCAACGAACAGAAGGGAUUUGUUUUGGGGAAUGAUGGUGUCUUGCUUCAGUAUCUAGGAUAAAGUUGAAAUUUACACAUGGUCUAUGAGGAUUGCAAUUUUGUAUAGCUACACCUUCAUGCUGUAAAGUGUAAAGAGGGAUCCGUGGAUGAAAUACUUGUAUUUGAAAUGUAACCAUUUCUUUUAAAUUACUUCAUCCUUGGCAAGAGCCUUUUGUUUCGGUGGAUAACUUAAACAAUGAUUUGUUAACAGUUGCAACUAAGAAAAGAAAAAAGUAAUUCAA